AAAAAAACGAAAGAUCGCAAUCUUUCACACAGACUUGGUGCAUAUCGACAGCAUCAUCGGAGAUGGAACGACUCGCGCGGUUGCUUGUCGCUGGUUUGGCCCCGCUUUCCGCUGCCAGUGACUCUAUGAGCUCCACCGACGCGGCACAGCUCCUCAAUGGCCGCGGACCCGCCACGUUUGCCUACUCGUCGUCCACCGGCAUCAACAUCGACACCCUCCUCGACAACUUUCCAGCGUGCGAUAACAAGUGUGUCGGCACUACGCCGUGUGGGUCGACGUCGAUCCUUACUGCCUUCGGAAGCAGCUCAUGCGUUGCCACGACAAAGUCGAAAUCCCCGUCCUGCCCCAAUGCGUACGUGUGCUGUGACCCAGCAACUUGCCGAGCCAAGACACAAAGUCAUUGCACCUAUGGCACGUCCCACGUCGUCGACGACCUCAAUGAACUCAGCUACAAGUCGGCACUUCAGUACUUGGCGUUCAUCGGCGGCGACAUGCCGGUGCCUCGCAAUCCAAUCGACGUUGAGGCCGUGUUUAAUGUCCUCGAGAAGCCGCUGGACGCUGCCGUCAACAGCAAGCGUUGCGAGUCCCAGUGCAAUGGAUGGAAUGGAAUUUGGGGAUGUCCAACUUCAUGCGACUGCGUGAAUUCUCCCGUGCCACCGUUGACCGUUGGUGAAAAGUACCGUUGCGUCGGGACUGGGUACGGCGCAUCCGGGUAUGCUUCUCCAGCCUCAAAACUUGCCAAUGGAACUGUCGUGUGUCCUUCCGGCUACGCUUGCGACGAUUCUGUCACGUCGACGACUCCAUGCAUCGGCCAGCCUAUUCGAACCACGACAGGCGCACCUGCCUACCUGUCGCCGUCUCAGUCAUCUGCACAGAACGUGAACGGAUCGGACCAAACGACGGCGAUUGCAGUCGGGUCCGCUUGUGGUGCCCUUGGGCUCGUCGGUGCAGGAGCAAUGUACUUCAUGUAUCGGAAGAAGAAGAAACACGAGGACGACGAACAUGCUGCGUCGGUGCUGGCAUCACUCAGCAGCGACCACUACCACGAGGCUCCCAACGGCGCGUGAGGCGCCGGUGUGCGUUGGUGGAAUGUGAGCGUCUCGAGCAAUGUUGAAGUGGGGAAGUUGGGCAGGCCUACUAGACAGGGAACUAGUAGCCCCUUAACUUCGAACUACGUAUUUCAAUACAGUUAUGUUAAUACG